AUGGAUCCAAACCACUCUUUGUCUUCCAAACUCACCAAUGCCAAUCCUCUACCAAGCAACACAAUUGGCCCUGGAGAUGGGCUUGAAUCAGCUUUAUCUGAGGCUUCCAUGGCAAACAAGACUGUGAUAAUUGCUAUUGUAAAUAAGGCCUAUGUGGAAGGAGACAAGCCAAUGCUUGAUAUGUUUUUAGAUGGUUUCUGGCUCGGAGAAGACACAAGGGGCUUGAUUUCUCACCUGCUUCUUGUUGCCGUCGAUCAAACUUCCUUCAAACGUUGCAAGUUUCUUCGCCUUCACUGCUACAAGCUCGAAGCAGAUGGUGCCGAUUUUGAGGCCGAGGAACUCUACAUGUCGCAAGAUUUUAUCAAGAUGAUGUGGAGGAGAACCCUGUUUCUCAAGGAGAUGCUAAAGAGAGGCUAUAGUUUUGUAUUCACAGACAUAGAUGUGUUGUGGCUAAGGAACCCAUUCCCAAGGCUAACAAGCUUCAAUGAAAACAUAGAUCUUCAAAUCAGCGUUGAUAAAUUCAAUGGGGAUGAAUGGUCUCAAGCCAACCCCAUCAACACAGGCUUCUACAUGGUCAGGUCCAACAACAGAACAAUCUCGCUAUUCGAGGAGUGGUACGCUAGAAGAAACAACUCCACAGGAUUGAAAGAGCAGGAUGUUUUGAACAACAUGAUGCAGGAAGGUUUUUUCAGAGAGUUGGGCCUCAGUGUGAGGUUUUUGGACACCCUUUAUUUCAGUGGCUUCUGUGAAGUUAGCAAAGACUUCAAAGUUGUCAGAACGGUUCAUGCCAACUGCUGCCGGACUAUAAGUGCUAAGGUGGCUGAUCUGACCGCUGCGAUUCACGAUUGGAAGAGGUUCAAGAGCUUAUCCGAUUCCAAUCAGACAUCGACUUUGACAUGGACUAGCCAUGUAAAUUGUGAGGGCUCCUGGAAGAAUUUCAACGUGACCCUUGGCUAG